AUGACAAUGACGUGUCUUUCUAUAGCGAAAGCAUUAUGGCUACGUGCCACUGGACAGUCUGAGUGGUGCCGGUGCAUAGUAUGCCGAGACAAAUUCUUGAACAAACCGGACCCUCUCAACUUCUCAGAAGACGCCCGAAAGUUCCAAAAACGCCUACGUCGGUGGCCAAAAACAUAUAAAAGAAGAAAAAGUCGCGAACACAAGAACGAGAAUGACAAGGAUGAUCUACAUGGAAUAGCCAACAAACUGACGUACGAAGAACCCAUUCCGAAAACUCAAAAUAAAGAUAAUGAUGAAGUCAGAUCUCAUCCCGCACCAUCUUCCAGCAGCAUACCUGAGACGCCUCGAAGAAGAGAUGUUGACGUCAGUGAACCCGGACCCUUAGUUACUAAGGUAAGCUCUCAAGGUUUUACUCAUAUGAUUCUUUUCGAACGCGCAACUUUCAGAUGGAAAAGUCAGUUCGUUUUGCGGAGCCGCUGCACGAAGAGGAUUGUGGAGAGAGGUAAGUCAUUAACUUUGACAGUCACUAGAAAGUAUAGAUACCGAAGCGCAUCAUCAAGAACCGGGUUCGGUUAA